AUGUUUAUUCUGACAACCCUCUCCGACCUGGUUCAAAUUUCCCCCGAAGACUUUUCAAAACUCAGCGCUGUUGCAAUCGAGGAUAAUAUUAAUGAGAAGUAUGCAAAUAAGGUCAUCCAAAAUGUUGGCCUCUGCAUCGGAUUCUACGACUUGCUCGAGUCCUCUGAUGGCCUGAUUGGACAUGGCACCGGCCUUGUCAAUGUUAAUGUUAAAUUCCGAUUAAUCGUCUUCCGGCCCUUCAAGGGCGAGGUUAUCCUGGGGAAAAUCACCAGUGGAACCGAGAACGGUAUCAAAAUUAGCGUUGAAUUCUUUAACGAUAUCUUCAUACCCCCCAGUCUAUUACUUGAUGGUGCUAGAUUCGACUUCGCCGACCAAGUCUGGAUUUGGGAUAACGGCGAGGGUGCAAUUUUCUACUUUGAUAUUGGCGAAACGGUGCGCUUUCGAGUUGAGGCGGAGGAGUGGCAUGAUCAGGUCCCAGACGCGCCUGAUGACCAGGAUGGUGUGGCAGUGAUGGAGAGAAAGCCGCCUUAUUCAAUCAUUGGAUCCAUGCAGAUUGCGGGCCUGGGGCUAGUUGCAUGGUGGUCUUAA